AGAAAUUCGGGUGCUGCGCCCGGAGGAGCGGAGCGGCGGCGAUGGCCGAGGCGGAGUGAGCGGCGGAGCGGGAGCCGCGCAUCCUCCGCGCGGGCGGGCAGAGCCGGGCAGCUGCGCCGCGGACCCGCGCCCGAGGGGCUCCGUUUCAGAGCCCACCAUGAAGAGAUUCCUGGUGCUUUGUGACUGCCUCUGGGCCUGGAGCCUCCUCCUGAAUGCACUGACUGAAAGAAGCUAUGGACAAACCUCAUCACAAGACGAACUUAAAGACAAUACGACAGUAUUUACCAGAAUAUUGGAUCGUCUGCUGGAUGGCUAUGAUAACCGCUUGAGACCAGGACUGGGAGAGCGUGUAACUGAAGUGAAGACUGACAUCUUCGUCACCAGUUUUGGGCCUGUUUCAGACCAUGAUAUGGAAUACACUAUAGAUGUAUUUUUCCGUCAAAGCUGGAAAGAUGAAAGACUAAAAUUCAAAGGACCUAUGACUGUUCUCCGGCUAAAUAAUUUAAUGGCCAGCAAAAUCUGGACACCUGAUACCUUUUUCCACAAUGGAAAGAAAUCUGUGGCUCAUAACAUGACAAUGCCAAAUAAACUAUUACGAAUUACAGAGGAUGGGACAUUGCUAUACACAAUGAGAUUGACUGUGAGAGCAGAAUGUCCAAUGCAUUUAGAAGACUUUCCUAUGGAUGUACAUGCUUGCCCCUUGAAAUUUGGAAGCUACGCUUAUACGAGAGCAGAGGUUGUGUAUGAAUGGACACGAGAACCAGCAAGGUCAGUGGUUGUGGCUGAAGAUGGCUCUCGAUUGAACCAAUAUGAUCUCCUUGGACAAACUGUGGACUCUGGAAUUGUUCAGUCCAGUACAGGGGAAUAUGUUGUUAUGACUACACAUUUUCAUUUGAAGAGGAAGAUUGGUUACUUUGUCAUCCAGACUUAUCUGCCAUGCAUCAUGACAGUGAUACUCUCGCAGGUGUCCUUCUGGCUUAAUAGAGAAUCUGUUCCAGCAAGAACUGUAUUUGGAGUGACAACUGUCCUGACAAUGACUACUUUGAGCAUCAGUGCGAGGAAUUCACUCCCCAAGGUGGCCUAUGCCACUGCCAUGGAUUGGUUUAUAGCAGUGUGCUAUGCCUUUGUGUUUUCUGCACUCAUUGAGUUUGCAACUGUGAAUUACUUCACAAAGAGAGGCUAUGCAUGGGAUGGCAAAAGCGUCGUUCCUGAAAAGCCAAAGAAAGUGAAGGAUCCUCUCAUUAAGAAAAAUAACACAUACACAGCUGCAGCUACAAGCUACACCCCUAAUAUUGCAAGGGACCCUGGGCUGGCAACCAUAGCUAAAAGUGCAACGAUUGAGCCCAAAGAAGUUAAGCCAGAAACAAAACCUGCAGAACCCAAGAAAACUUUUAACAGCGUCAGUAAAAUUGAUCGACUAUCAAGAAUAGCUUUUCCAUUGCUUUUUGGAAUCUUCAACUUAGUCUAUUGGGCUACCUAUUUAAACCGGGAGCCCCAGUUAAAAGCUCCAACUCCACACCAAUAACCUCAUUUACUUGUACAGUUCUGUUUUGUCAUUUGCUCUGGGAAUUGCUUCCCGUCUUCACAUACAGUAAUUCCCAUCUGCUUCAUUGCCUCUGUCUUAAAGAAAAUAAAGGUUUCUUUAUUUAUCAAAAGGUAAAAUAUAUCGGUAUAUUUUAAAAACCUGUGGGUGAGGGAGAGAAAAAUGUAAGCUAUAUACUUUGGAAAAGUGAUUCUGAAAGUGGGAAAGAGUUGUAG